UCCCUCUGCCCUGACAGCAUCCCUACACAACAGUGUGCUGUCUCUGUUCCAGGGAGAAUAUCAGCUCUGCACAGGGAGGAGAGGAUUAGCGCAGCCACUCAGCUCAUCUGCAUACACGUUCCCAGAGAACCACAUGAGCACCCAAGGCUGCACCUCUUUUGUAUAAAAGCUGGCACUCCCACCACGGAGGCUCCACUUGAUCUACUCUCACUGCUGUGAGAACAUUCAAAGAGUCCACUGUUUUGUUUUGUUUUUGGACUCUUCCAUAGAUUUUUGUUUUUUUAAUUCUUUUUAAAUUGCCUGCUUUGCCUCUAUUUAAUUAGAAAAAUGCAAGUAAUAUUAAUUGAUAUAUACUUGCUCUGAACAUCAAGGAGUUUAUCCUACAUUUUUUGGGACUUUGCCCCCUCUUGGGUUUGUUUCUUCGUCUUGUUUGAAGACUGCAGCUCCAGAAUGCCAUCUAGAGAGUCCUGCGAGGUUAACAAGGAAGAGAAGCCUCUGGUGCAGAAGGCCAAGAGAGAGGCCAAUCAGGAGGAUAUUCUGGCGGCGGCUCUGGGGAUGAGGAUGGGGCCACAAAAACCUUCAGCCACUUUUUGGCAGCCGCUGAAACUAUUUGCUUAUUCACAGCUCACCUCACUGGUCCGCAGAGCUACACUCAGGGAGAGCGACAGGACGCCCAGAUCUGAGAAAGUCCACAACUUCAAGGUCCAUACCUUUCGGGGACCUCACUGGUGUGAACACUGUGCCAGCUUCAUGUGGGGGCUGAUGGCUCAGGGGGUCAAAUGUGCAGACUGUGGUAUGAAUGUCCACAAACAGUGUUCGGCUCUGGUGCCGAACAACUGCAAGCCAGACCUGAGACACAUCCGUAAAGUUUACAGCUGCGACCUGACGACCCUCGUUAAAGCGUGCAACACAGCCCGGCCCAUGGUGGUGGACAUGUGCAUACGGGAGAUUGAGUCCAGAGGACUGAAAUCGGAGGGCCUCUACAGAAUAUCGGGAUUUAGCGAGUCGGUGGAGGAAGUCAAGAUGGGAUUCGACAAAGAUGGCGAGAAGACAGACAUCUCAGUGAACGCCUAUGAAGACAUCAAUAUCAUCACCGGUGCACUGAAACUGUACCUCAGGGAUUUGCCCGUUCCUGUAAUCUCCUAUGACGCUUACCCCAGAUUCAUCGAGGCUGCAAAGCUCACAGACGCAGAGAAGAAGCUGGAGGCUUUCCGUGAGGCUCUGGGGUUGUUACCGCCGUCACAUAGCGAAACCCUCAAGUACCUCAUGGCCCACUUAAAAAGGGUGACACAGAAUGAGAAAUUCAACCUGAUGAAUGCAGAAAACCUCGCCAUCGUUUUCGGGCCCACCCUCAUGCGCGCACCCAACCUGGACGCCAUCACGGCGCUGAAUGACAUCCGCCACCAGAGGCAGGUGGUGGAGGUGCUCAUUAAAAACGAAGAGGCGCUCUUCUGAGCACAGACCAGGACUUUCAGAACAACUCUCUAAUCAUUCUUUCGUGUACAAACUUGAAUGACUGUUUGUAUUACACUGAUUGAUACAGGUUUUUUCUUUUUUUAAAUGCCUUGUGUAUGGACUAGUGCUGACCUAACAUCUGUUCCCCCCUGUACCGGGCGUGGAUGAUGAACCUUACACUUGUACGUACUUACGUGUCUCCCCAUUUUUGUCGGGGGAUUUUUUUUUUAGGAGCUGACAGACCAGCCUGCAUGGUGCACGGCCUUUGUUGCUUUGUAGUCGUAACCCAGCAUGUGUUCGGAUUGUGUAGCGCUGUGAUUUCACUUUUGUUUCUUCUGUAGUGGUCUUUUUUUUUAUUAUUAUUAUUAUUAUUUUCUUUCUACAAUUCCCAGACUGCCCCCUGUGCAGUUAUUUCUGUGAAACUUUGUAUAGCUGGAUGUAAAAAUAAGCUACUAAUUUUUUCUGGGGUAAUUUUUAUGAUGCUGUAUUUUUUUAUCUCCUCAAAUCUUUGUAGGUCACCUGCAGUUUUUAGUUAAAUGAGCCUUCCCUCUCAAUGUGUCCACACUGGUACGACUGCUUGAACUUAACAUUUUUAUUGUGUUAUAAACAGGGUUUGUCUGUGAGUUUAAUUUUCUAUUGUAAUUUUUUUUUGUACACAAAUUGUGCAUGAUCAUUUUAAUUUAUU